AUGCUAGAUGAAGAAGCCUUUUCGGAGUACGUCGAGAGGAAACUCGACGCCCCCAUGCCGUGGAUCGGCCUGUACGUGGCCUUAGCCUCGCUAGCGUGCACCCUCACAAUGGUCGCCGACACUCUCCACGCCUUACGAGCCAAGAAAUUCUGGUUCCCCACCAAAUUCUUCUCCCUCAACGCCAUGUCACUCACCUUAUUGGCCGUGGCCAUGAAGCUUCCGGUGGACCUCACCACACGCAUGUACACCCCAACCGACCGUCUCGCCAAGAUCUGCACGCAAGCCUUCAUGUCCACAGCCAUAGCCAAUUUCAUCACCUGCUUGGGCUCCAUGGACGAUCGCGACAUCCUCACCAACACCGCCGCACUUUUCGUACUCGUCGUCACCAUAUUAGCCAACGUCUGCAUACAGAUAAUCCAAAUGCGCGAGUUCCUCGGGGCCCGCAAAAUGUUCGCCGAGGAAAUCGUGUCAUGCUCGUUGAUGCUCGUCUCGCUCGUUUUGGUGGGGUCCACGGCAGUUAUGGUCCCGUCUAUGAAGUCGAGGCUCGAGUCGAAGUACCACGAGAUGCUCAAAAUGGCCUCGAACGAGGAGGACGACGAGCUGGCGGAGCUCGGGAGACUUCAGGUGACGAUCAAGAAAUACCGAGUGAUGGCCGAGACAAGCGGGCCCCAGUUCGUGAUCGCGCGCUCCGCCACUUGUACGGCCUCAGGAGUCGUGUCCCUGCUGACGUGUCUCGUUUUGGCCGAGGCGGAGGCUCGGGUGGCGAUGGAGUGCGGAAUAUUCGAAAACGGAGCUUCGAAAUACGGGUGGUCGGUCAAGUGGAUCUUGCUUGCACAGACGGUUGGGGUAGCUGUCGGGACUGUGGGGCCCGCGUUCAGAUUGUUCACGGCGGUGAAGUUCAAAUGCUCGGAGAAUGGUGGGAGUCGAUUAUUCGGGGACGAGUUUAAAGUCGAGGCUUACUGGACACAAAGGCUGGUCGAGUGGAAGGAGAGAUCUUUACCUCUGCACAUUCGAGAUCGGAAGUGGCGAAAACUACUCCACCGAGCCAAACGCCUCGUUUUGAGCUUUCUCAUAAAGAUUCAGAUUUCGACCGUUUUCUGCUGCAAAGGAGUACGAUUCGUGUGUUUCGCAAGUCCGGUCGAGCGUUUGAAGAAUUUGCUCGAUUUUGGCUCGUCAUCUCGUGUUCACGAGGAAUCAGAAACUCAACCGGAGCUAGAUUUUAGCCGUUAUGUCUUGUUACUCGAAGGCGAAGCAGAGUUGCCUCAAAAUAUCCAAAUCGACAUAUGCAAUGAGGUCGACAAACUAAUUGAAACCGGGAAAAAGCAGCGGCCCACGAACCUGAUCGGUCUCAUGCACAAAAUAGGUAACUUCAAAGGGCUGAAAGAAGUCGACCGGAAUCAAGUCCCGAGCCUCCACUCGCAAGAACCCCACAAAUGCUGGUCGCUUCCAUUGGUAACUCUCACAAGCAUCGCCAUUUCACUUCCUAAAAUAUCGAAGCAAAAAACCGACUGGCUGUUGAGGAGCGUGGAUGAAGGGCUCGUUUAUGUGAAACUUAUAGAGAAAAGCCUCGACAAGAAAGGGAACUUACUGAACAACCGAAAUGCGGCUGAUGUCAUCUGGGUUGGAGUCGAGCUGUACCGGAAAUGGCAGGGGAAGGACAUCCACAAGACCUCCCUCAAAUGCAGGGACUCGAAGGAGAGUUUAGAAGAGCUCUCGCGAAAUGCAGAGAAGGAUAUUUUGGAUUUUAAAACCGAGGUGAAUGAUUUCUUGAUGGAAAAUCCGGUCAAUUGGCCGGUGAAGAUUGUGGCGGCUAACUCGAUGUACCGGAUAUGCCGGAGGCUUCUAAUAGCUUACGAGGGGGAUUAUCUGAAGGCGGACGAGGGGUUGUUUGAUCAGAUUUGCAACAUGAUUGCAAAUAUAAUGGCAGCUUGCCUCACGAAUUUGAUGCGUGUGAUAAUCGAGAAGUGUCGGCGUAAGGCAAUAAAGGAGAAAGAGAGAAUUGUACGUAAGGCGGCUUUGUUGCUAGGGGAAACUGAAGAGAUUCUUCGUGUCAUUCAACAGCAUAGAGAGAAAAUUACCGAUCCAGAUGAGUUGGAGUUUAUCGAAAAGUGGUGUAAGUUGGUCAAGAGGAGAAGUUAG